CUAAAACUACCGCCUCUCACAGGUAUAAAAACAUGCAGCGGAGGCUGGUCGUAUCAUUUUGCCUUGUCCAGAUGAAGAGCUUCCUCAUCCUGUCCUGCCUCAUCGUUGCUGUCCACACAGCAGGGCUGUGUGACUGUGGCGCCUUCGUGUCACUGCCGGACAGCGAGCUGGAGGUGAUGGCCUUUCCGAGCCGUGAGAUGGAAGACUGCAGGGAUGUAUUGUGGUGCCUCGAUUUCUGCAAAUUCGAGUGGGAAGUGUUGACCCUUGACGGAGACUUGUGCAUCCAUACGGCUAAUGGUACGGUGGGCCAGGUUAUGUGCGACAACCUCUCGGAUAAGAAUAUGAAUCACCUCGAGCCUCGCUUCGUACACCUUUUCGCUCGCAUGUGUAAUGGCCCAUGGGGCUUUGACAGCCAGACCAGCAAGCAGAAGCUGGAAUGCAGAGGCGGCAAGGUAAUACUGGACUGUCAGUGACUUGAAGCACGCGACUUUAUACGUAGUACAUGAACUGUCUAACUAUACCUGGAAUAAUGCAUCCCCAUUUUGCUAAACACCUCAUUCUCCCUCUCAAUAACAAAAAAAAAUAAAAAUAAAAAAUAAAAAAUAAAAAAAUAAAAUAAAUAAAUAAAUAAAUAAAAGAAUAUUCAUGAUAAAUAAAUAAAUAAAUAAAUAAAAACUAUAGCCCAUAAAAAAGAAUUAUUAUUUGUAGAUUGUUAGUGGUAGGGUGAUGAUAGUACUGGAGAUCAGGGCAACGCGACAACGCGCUUAUUGCCUCCAGCUAAUUAAGAUUGGUCAAUAUGAAAUCAAUAAAAAAAUUAAAACACUUUGAAAAAAAUUGAAACAGUUUAAAAAAGUAAAUACGAAGUGAAAACAUUAAAAAAAAGACUAAAACAGGUAAAUCAUAGAUGUUUGAGAUCUGCCUCCUCCAAAAGCAGUAUAACCCCACCGCCUGCCCCACUGACUCGGUCGAGCAUCGAUUACAUAGAGUAAUUACAGUCUCCCUUCUUGUGUUCCCCAAGAUGACGGACGUGGAGAUCAGAUAGGCUAGGUCACUCCACCUUGAUUUGAAAAAUUGUUUGGGGAACCAAACAAUCAUCACAAAAGAGAGGGUGUGCUGCCAUCUCUCACCAAUUGGUCACAACUAGUAGGAAUGAUAGAAUCAAGAGCGGUUAAGCCGUAAACAUUAGGAAACUGGAGCCACUCUCUAGGGCAGUAGUUCUUAGCCUUUUUUUGGGCUGCGAUCCAAAACCCUGUCCAGAUUGAGCAUGGCGACCCAUAUACCUUUAUAAACACCCUUUUAUUAAAAAAUAAAUUAGAUUUAAAAGGCAAGAGUAAA